AUGGCCACUCGCCGAGGCCGACCUCAAGCAGAGGGCCCGAGCCAAGGACAAGACAGACAGCAUGAACUAGCACACGAACCCCUCGAUUUCGAGACUCUCAAGAGCCAAUUCGACAUUUCCAACUUUGACCUCAAUGCCAUCAUACGCGGAAUCCAGCUCACUUUCGUCGGAGCAAACCGAGCUCUCCAGAACCCGGCCAUAUUUACGAAUAAACACUACAAGCAAGCUGCUUAUGCGGUGGUUGCUGGUCUAGUCAUCCGUCUCGUGAUAGCCAUUCCCAUUUUCCUUGUCAGGGUGCUACUAUGGACCCUCUCCUUCUUCAUCUCCAUGGAGAAUGCCACCUGGGACGACACCAUUCUUAAUGGGCUUGAUUUCAUAGCUGAAUAUGUCCUGCAAAUCCCUUUAUUCCUGAUGGUGCUCAUGCGCUACGUCAGUCCGACCUUGGACAAUCUAUUCAUGGACUCCCUCCGCUGGGUCGACACAACCUACGUCCAAAAACACAAAACCGAACGCCCCACCACCCUCCGCCCCCUCUACUACCCCAACCUCAAACUCUAUCGCCUCACCGACUCUGCAACCCACACCACCGCUCUCACCGACCGCAUCACGACCUUCCUCGCCCGCUUCGCCAAACGCGCCGCCAUCUCCCUAACCGUCUACGCCCUCUCCUUUGUGCCCCUCAUCGGCCGCUUCGUCCUCCCCGCCGCCUCCUUCUACACCUUCCGUAAAGCCGUCGGUCUCGGGCCUGCGUCCGCUAUCUUCGCCGCGGGACUCUUCCUGCCUCGAGCCUGGCUCGUUGUCUUCCUGCAAACGUACUACUCUGCCCGCAGUCUUAUGCGCGAGCUUCUCGAGCCUUACUUCGCUCGCAUCCGCUUCACCCCGGCGCAGAAGCGCGCGUGGUUCCACGCCCGCGCAGGACUCCUCUUCGGCUUCGCGCUUGCCUUUAACGUUCUUAUCCGUGUGCCCCUCGUCGGCGUCCUCGUCUACGGCAUCGCAGAGGCCUCUACCGCCUAUCUCAUCACCAAAAUCACGGAUCCGCCUCCGCCUCCCCAGCGCCAGGCCGGCUUUGCUGAGAGCCAGACCGUGUGGAGGAAUAAACAAAAGUUCCUGAGCUUGUCGCUCUCUAACCUAGAUGCGCUGCAGACUGCGCCGCCUUCGCCCCCUAUCUCGACGGCUGCUACGGCUACCGGCGUCGAUCUUGGGGCCGAGGAAACGACGGAACAUCCACCGUUGAGUGAGCUACCUUCGUAUGAAGAGGCUAUGGCUGCUCUGAGAGUAGAAGGGAGCUAG